UUGAACCAUGAAAGUGGCGUUAAAGAAAAUCGGUUGGUCGAGUUGGAGGACAAAAUUAAGGCUUUGACAAUCGAACUCGAUAGUCUAAAGAAGUCAACAUUCGAAAAGAAACGUGCUACAAGCUUGGUUGCAGAAGAUGGAGGGCUAUUGUAUGAAUCCUAUUGCGAAAACGGUGCCACCACACUACCCCAAAACACAUCACCAGAUUCUAGGCAAGACUUUGAGAUGAUUGACAACUGCCGUUCUAAUGGCGGACAAGAGGUAAUCAGCGCGAACCAGACUCCUAAUGUGCCCAUUAACGGCGGAGACGAGAUUGCAUCGACAAACACACCUGAUAACCAGGAGAAGAAGAGACGAAAAACACGCAAGAAGAAGAAGAAGAAGAAGAAGACUGAAGAUCCUCAGGUUUCAAGCCAAGUACAAGUCGAUCCCCGCUCCGAUGGUGAAACCGGCGAAAGAAUCCCAGCCGUGCAGGCGAAUGUGAAAACUAUCGAGGAACUCGAAGCACUUUCAAAAGGGUUUUUGCUCAAAGCUGUUGAAGAAGUUGAUUUUCAUAUGGAGCAGUAUGGCACGAUGAUGAAGCUAAGCGAGACACGUCAAACGAGGGGAGGUGUUUUGGACAAUUGCGAUAUCGAAACUUACGUAAGAAGAUCUGCAAUAGCCAGUAAUAAGCAGAGAUUCCCCAAAUUCGCUCACCUAUUCCAACACCUCCGUCAAGGCCCCUUAAAUGAGAACCACAUAGGAACCGGCCGAUCACUAGAGACGAGUCAGAUUAUUUACAGCAGCCUUUGGACGACUUCAACAACUCAUGCAUUGAAUCAUGUGAAAAUUGAUGAGGUUAUGCCUACUCGAAUCAAACUAACAAAGUUCUUCGUCAAGCAGAUCGUGGACAGAGUCAUGGGCCGAAGAGGCAAAAGGGGGGGUGAACAAGAAGAGCUGUGCGUAGAAUUUCUCGCCGAGAUUGACGCUGUGUCACAAAAUUUGGCAAAUGCUAGUGGUGCCUGUGCGCCAGUUUGUAUGGCAAUAAUUAUGGAGUACUUUGUGCAUUAUAUGGAUGACAUGGAGGAUAAGAUGGUAACAAAGCUGGGCAAGGUCGUUUCCGAGUUGGAAGAGAUGAAAGCUGAGGUUAUCAAUUCGAAGAUACGAGAGGAUGAAGCGAACACGGAGAGAUUGAGUUUGUCGAAUGAGGUCGCUGAAGCUAAGAAAGCGAUUGGUGUAUUGGCACAAAAUGUAGCCUUCCCAGCCCGAAGCAUCGGUUUUCUUCCUUCUUACACUGCUCCUCUUACCAAAGUGUUGGAAAGCCCCGAUGUCUCGGGAGAUGGUACUCGAAAGGAUACUUCUGGCGUCGAGUAA